AUGAACACCGCAUUCAGAUCCUUAUAUCACGUCGACCUCACAACCGUCAGCAAACUGGAGCAACUAACAAACCAAUACAAAUACGAGAAAUGGACAUUCAACAACAGCGUCCCGGGGCCGUUCAUCCGGGCGCGCGUCGGCGACGUCGUCAACCUGAGAAUAACCAACCACGACGAGUCCGGCAUGCCGCACAAUAUAGACUGCCACGCCUUCGUGGGACCCGGGGGCGGCUCCGCGCUGACGACAGUCAACGAAGGCGAGACCAAGACGGCGAGAUUCAAGCUCCAAAACCCCGGUCUCUUCAUCUACCACUGCGCCGUCGGCCCCGUGGGCGUCCACAUCGCCAACGGCAUGUACGGGCUCAUGUACGUGCAGCCGGAGCAUGACCUGCCCGCCGUCGACAAGGAGUACUACGUCAUGCAAAGCGAGUUCUACCACGAGCCGCCUGAAGCAGACGACGACGGACAGAUAUCAUCGACGGUCGAGUUCUCGUGGCCCCAUGCCCUGCGCGAAGCCGCCGACGUAGUGGUGUUCAAUGGCAGCGAGGAGGCCCUCACCGAGAAGCCGCUCAAGGCGACGCUCGAUGAGACCGUUCGCAUCUUCUUCGGCAAUGGCGGCCCGAAUCUCACCAGCUCGUUCCAUGUGAUCGGGACCUGUUUCAAGAACGUGUAUCGCGAUUCGGAUGUGUUGAGUCCGCCGGCGCAGUGCGUGCAGACGGUUACCGUGCCCCCCGGCGGGUCGACGAUUGUGGAUAUGAAGAUGGUCGUUCCGGGGACGCACAAACUCACCCCCCAGCAGAUCCAAAUCGUCAAGUCCACGAUCCCAGCCCUCGAAGCUCACGGCGUCGCAAUCACAACCCUCUUCUACCAGCGUCUCCUCCAGCAACACCCCGAGCUCAAGAACAUCUUCAACACCGCCCACCAAGCCACAGGCGAGCAGCCCGCAGCCCUCGCCCACUCCGUCUGGGCGUACGCCACCAACAUCGAGCACCCGGAGGCCUUGAAACCGGCCAUUUCGCGCAUCGGCCAUAAACACGCCAGCCUGGGGAUCACGGCGGACCAAUACCCGGCCGUCGGGGAGGGCCUUCUCGCCGCGAUCAAAGAGGUGCUGGGCGACGCAGUCGAUGACCAGGUGCUCGAUGCCUGGAGAGCCGCAUACGGGGAACUGGCGGGGUACUUCAUUGACUUCGAAAGCGAGCUCUACCGCCAAGCGGAAGCAACGCCGGGCGGAUGGAAGGGAUGGCGGAAGUUCUUUAUCUCGAAGAAGGUCAAUGAAGGCGAGGAGAUCAUCUCGUUCUACCUCACGCCGAUCGAUAAGGCUGCACUGCCGGCCUUGUCGGAUAUGCCGAAUGGAGAGUACUUCCAGAUCUCGGUGAAGAGGGAGUCUGCGCUGGGACCGAAGCCGGCCGGGCGGAUUUCGAAUGUGCUGCAUGAGGGCUUGCCCGUGGGCGCGGAGCUGGAUGUUAGUAUGCCGUUUGGGGAUUUCGUGUUGGAUGUUAAUGCCACUACGCCGGUCGUGCUUAUUAGUGGCGGGGUGGGGCUGACGCCGAUGAUGUCCAUGCUGAAGACUAUUGUGGAUCUGGGAGGCUCGAGGCGCGUGGUCUUCAUUCAUGCUGUGCGGAAUGGUCGCGUGCAUGCGAUGAAGGACCGCUUGGCUAAGAUUAUUACUGAGAAUCCACAGGUUCAUCGUGCGGUGUUUUACGAGGAGGUUGAUCAAGAGGACAAGCAGGGCGUCGACUAUGACUUUACAGGCAGGGCGGAUCUCCACAAGAUUAAGGACCAGGCCGUUCUCCCGGAUGCGGAUUACUAUAUCUGUGGUCCCAAGCUGUUCAUGAAUGCGCAAAGUAAAUCUUUGAAAGAUUUAGGUGUGCAGGAGGACCGGAUUCAUAUGGAAGUGUUCGGUUCCCCGGCGGAAUAA